CAGGAAGUUAACAGGGGAAGUUUAGUGGUUUCUUGCGUCAUCAUUUUAUGCUGCUACUUGUGUGCCGAUGCAGAGUGAAGGGUGGAAGAUAAAACAAAGUAUGUCCUAACUCUCCAGCUUUGACAUAUGAACUCCAAUGCAACGCAGCUUACAGAGGAAACAACCUGCACCCAGCAACAUGCACUGAAGCAAAGGAAGCAGCAGCAGCACGGUCAAGUCUGUGACAUGUGCAGCGCCUCUACAAAGUCAUUGUCACGUUAACCAAGGUUGGGCAACACAUCCAGCAGCCUCAAAGACAGUCAGUCGGUCUGACGGUCACAAACGGAGCAGCUCGAGGCCGGUCUGAAUGUGAGGCGGGUCAGCAGAAAGGAAAAGAGAGAUGAGGAGAGUCCGGAGAAAAGGAGCGAACAAGGAGAAGGUGUUUGGAUGUGAUCUGCUGGAGCACCUGAACGCCUCAUCUCAAGAGAUUCCUCAGGUGUUGCAAUGCUGCAGUGAGUUUGUUGAGAAACAUGGAGUCACGGAUGGAAUCUACAGGUUGUCCGGCGUGUCCUCCAACAUACAGAAACUUAGGGGGGAGUUUGAGAGCGACGGGAGUCCAGACCUGAACAAGGAUCUGUACCUGCAGGACAUCCACUGUGUCAGCUCUCUGUGUAAAGCUUAUUUCAGAGAGCUGCCGAACCCUCUGCUCACGUACCAGCUGUACGACAAGUUUGCUGAGGCUGUGGCCAUCCAGCUGGAGGAGGAGAGGCUGGUAAAGAUCAGAGAUGUGCUGAAGGAACUACCACAACCACAUUACAGGACUCUGGAGUUUUUAAUGCGCCAUCUUGUCAGAAUGGCCUCAUACUGCUCAGAGACCAACAUGCACUCCAGGAACUUGGCCAUCGUCUGGGCCCCCAAUCUGCUAAGGUCAAAGGACAUCGAGGCGUCGGGGUUUAACGGAACAGCAGCCUUCAUGGAGGUCAGAGUUCAGUCCAUCGUGGUGGAGUUCAUCCUCACACACGUCCCUCAGCUGUUCCCUGAAAUAGGUGUAUCAAAUGAGAGGAGGAAGUCCCUCCCCUCUCCAUCACACAUGCCCAAUCAGGAGGAAGUGUUCUUCAAGGCCGCUUCUCCUCUUCAUGUCCCCCACUUUGGUAAUAUCAGUCCAGGAGACGGUCCUCCAUCCAUGAGACCUUACCACGCAAUCAUCGAAGGCACUGACAAGAGGAAAGGAUCUCUCAAAGGCCGGAAGUGGAUGUCCAUCUUCAACAUCGGAGGACGAUUCCACGACCCACGGCGGAGACACAAACAAUCAUCCAAAGAGAAAGACAGGCCUGCUUUGAGACCAGCGAGAAGCAUGGACUCCCUCAGCACGUCGCCCUUUCCAAAUGAAGGUUGCAGACGUACCGCCCAGCGUCCUCCGUCCACCCAAUUGUCUCCCCUCGUCACCCCCUCCCCCCCGCCUUGCUCCGAGGUCACGGCAUCCACCGGUGCUAUGGGUGGCAGUGAAUAUGCUGUAACCUACCGCAGGGGAACAGGUUUGGUGAGCGGGGGUGCGGGGACCCAGGGCACCUACACGUCACUAGACCCUGAAGGUUUAGGACUCGCAGACGGCGAGUCUCUAGUGUCCAGAUCCCCAGGGCUCUCCUCCAAAGGCCGAAGAGCAGCCAUGCACAUCACGGGGCCCACCAUGGUCACUGUGCCCCUUCAUAUCACCUCUAACCUGGCAUUAGGGGUGCUGCAAGGGGCCGGCAGCGACAGGGUCAUCCACCGGAACAGGGACAGAGAAGGAGGAGACAGGGUGGAAGGUAAGGAGGGAGGAGAGAAGGUGGGGAAGAGGGAAAGCAGAGCAGUGGAAAGGAAGGUGGAAGAAAGCAGAAAGGUGCAGGAAGAGGAGAAAAGUCACAAGGCGAAAAUGGCAGAUGGGGAAGGAGUAGAGGAUGCAAAAGUGAGUGAGGUGGCAGGUGGAGGUGGGGAGGAAAAAGGGGAAGGAAAGAAAGAGGAGGAAGAGGAGGAGGUCAGGGAAGAAUGUAGGUUGAAGCCGGAGCUGGUGGUGGAAGGUGGAGGUGUGUCCAGAGAGCAACGAGCCAAAAGCAUGACCUCCAAAACCGAGGAAGAAAACAAUGUUGAUGAUGACAAGGAUUUUGAUGAAUAUAUCGACAUGAAAGGGGUGAGUCCGGGUGAUUGUCAGCCAGAGGCGACUGUGGAGCGUGUGGAUGACAGUGUGUUCGAUGCCGCCGACGUCCUCAACUCAACUGAGGUGGAGGAGGACGAACAGGAGAUGUCUGGCUACGUUCAAGAUAACUUUGAUUUCCUGGACCACAUGGACUGCAGUGUCCCCCAUCAGGUGAACGAGUUCUCCGUUGAACCUCCGGGUUACUCAGAUGACGAGUAUGAAGUCAUGGCACAAGCUGAUCUUGCAGAGCUGCAGGCGGACCUGCAACCAGGCCCUGACACACAAACCCAGAGCCCGACGGAGUUAAAACCACACAGGUCGCUCAGCAGCGAGUCGUACAACCGACACACCAAAUCCCUCAGCUUGCCUUACAUGACCUCACCCAUCCACGCAUCGCAGGAGUCUUGCUCUGAAGAGGAGGCUGCAGUGGAAGACAGUGAUGAUAAUGAUUACAGUAGCGAUGAUGAUGACGACGAAAGCAUGUUCGUUAAAAGCCUUCCCUGUAAUUUCUUUUUAGAUAAUUUGAACUUUGAAACAGAGGCUGAUAAACAGGACAGCUGCACUCAUGAUGAGGUUCUUGUUCUUCAGUCAAGGAGCUCUGAGGACGGAGAAAAACAGUCUAUGAACGUUAAUUUUUCUGCAUGUAAAGAAUCAAUUGCUGGAGAACAGGAGCAGGUAGAAGUGAAAGACCAAGGAGAUGAAGAUGAACUGAGAGAAAAGGAGAUAACAGAGAAGGAAGAGGAAGAUCACCAGGGAGGAGACCAACUGGAAAACAAGAGGCAAAGCAAAGCGACAGAGGAAGAAGUCAUGGAGGAUUCUCAGAGUGACAAAGAACAACCUCUCCCUCCAGAGGUAUCAAUGCACCACUGCGCUGACUUUCCACCGCCCAGCGAUGAUGAAUCAAGCGCCGAGGCUGACCUGAACGAGGAAGAGGAGGAGGAGGAGGAGGAGGCGGCCAUGUUUGACAAUCAUCAUAGUGAUUAUCCACCUUGUAAUGAAGAUCCUCGCGCCACACAGGAAGACACUGUUGACAUUUCUUUAGAGGAGUUCAGAGACGUUUCUGUUAGAGAAACAGAACGGCACAAAAGAGGAAAUCACGAUGAGGGAGAAGACGGUGAGGUGAACAAAGAGAUAGAGGACUUAUGUCAAGAAAUGGAGCUGGAGAUUCAAGAAAGUGAUGAUCACAUGUGUGAGGAAUCCACAGAGGAAGACAAUGAAGUGAUAGCUGAAGAAAAACAUGAAGAAAAGAUGCAGGAAGGUGACAAAGAGCAGAAAAGUGCGAUUUGUAGUGUUGCACUUGAGGAUGUAAUGUGUGAAGUGAUAGAGGUUGAGGAAAGCAAGCAGGUCGAGAAGAUGGAUGCAAGUGUUGGUGGGGAGGGCGAUACGAUCAAAGAUGUCAGAGUUGGAGAAGAGGAAGUGCCGGAAGCAGAGGUUUCAGAAGAGGAAAUGUUGGAAGUUGACGGAGGAGAGACAAACAAGACAGAAGUUAGAGUAGAGGUAGUGGAGGAAUCAACGGAGACGACUGAAGAAAAGCUCAUUGACAAAGAGAUGCAGCGAGAGUUUGAGGAAAAAGAGGCCAACUUACCAAAGACAAGUGAACAAGAAGACCCGAUUCAAGGGAAGAACGCCAUCAAUGACGAAGCACAGCAUCAGGAGAGAGAGGACGGGGUUUCAAAAGAGAAAGAAAAAGAUGUCAAAGAGAGAGCUGAUGAGCAACGUAGACCACAGCCAAUUGUAGAUAAACAACUACAAGAGGUCAGGUGUGAUGUGAAAGAAUUAAACGAGGGCCAAGGAGGGGUGGGAAGGAAACUGGUCGUCUCCAAAAAUCCGAGGGUUUACCAAGUAAAAGCGGUCCCAGUGGUGCCACCGAAGCCACAGCACUGCAAAAUGACGGCCCAGAACCUCCGACAGCAGCAGCAGCAGAGAGAGAAGAGAGACGCCGACAGAGGGAGGGAAACCACGGCGAGGGUCCCGACAGAGCAGGACCGAGUCUGUGUGGGAGACGGAGAAGACGAGGGCCGGGGGAGGAGGGAGAGGCCAAAGGGAGGGGAGAAAGGAGAGAGGGAGAGGGAGAGGGAGAGGAGGAGGGACGGGGAGGAGAACGCCAUGAGGGACACCAGCAGAAACAGUCCCCUCAGCAUGUGUUUUGACGAGGCCGUUGCCAUAGCAACCAUGAGGCGAGGGAAAGAGAAAGAGUGCGAGAAGGAGAAGGAGAGGCAGAGGGAUUGGGGAAAUGAAGUACAGUGAAGGUUUUGUCUGUAUAUUGAUUUAAAGUGAUUUGAAUGUACAAACUAUUUUUUCUAUGUGUAGCAUAAAGGGGCUGUAUUUUUCAUUCUGAAUAAGUUGCAGUAUUGUCUGUGUAAUGCUACUAAAGAUGUUAUGUAUUUUUUUUUAGAGUAACCAGAGUAGAGAGCUGAAAAGUGAUGGACCAAAUGCAACACCCCAUCAGGAAGCUUAUGAAAUGAAUAGCUGCAAUUAUGCUGCAUGAAGUUAAUAUAACUGAAACUGAAAGCAAACACAGAGGGGGGACUAAAUGUUUAAGAGCUGCUGAAACAUUUUGAGGAUGAAAUAUUACAUGUUUAACCCAGAACUUAAUAGCUUCUAUACUCUAGGUCUGUGAAACGUUAAAGACAAAAAGUAAAGGGAUUAGUCUUAAAUCCAGCUCACUCCUUUCUGCAGUUGUCGUCCAUUUAUACCAUACUUUGUAAUUAUACAAAGUAUAUGUACCGUAUAUGGUAGACUAUAUGUAUAAAUAAAAGGUAGGCAAGUAUAUGUUAAAUGAUGAAGAUUUGAAAGAAGAAUGGAGGAUGAAUAUAAUGUCUGCAAAAGUAAAGGUUAUUUCUUGGUUGUGGGAAUAAAAAGAUGUUUCCAA